AUGAGUGAACCUUUGAUUCUUGGAGAGUCAGGAAAAGAUUAUGUUGUCUAUAAGGCGUCGUCCGAUGAUACAGCUAUUCGAUUUACAGUAUCCGGGCUUUCUGUGGAGAAAAAAUCAGACAUUAAAAGCUCCACUCAAGAGUUACGAUCUAUUGCUGGAAUUGUAGGUGUCCUGAGACUCAGCAGCAACACCUAUCUGGUAACCAUAGACGGAGGAAGUGAAUGUGGUACUAUCAAGGGAUCAAAAGUUUACAGGAUGGUUGGUUUCUCCUUUUGGCCAAUUUCUCAUAAAGUUCAGGUCGAAGAUGACGCUAAGUACUUGGAAUUGGUAAGAGGUCAUCUGAAGAAUGCCAGCCUCUACUUCUCCUAUGGCUACGAUCUGACCAACUCAAUGCAACGACAAACUUUGAAUGGGGAUUCUGAUGGUUUGUUGGGCCCUGAUGAGCGAUUCUUUUGGAACCGUUUCUUAAGUGAACCGCUCAUUAGCCUCAGUAAAGAAUACAGUCAAGUAAAAAGUUUCGUACUGCCCCUUAUUUAUGGGUAUGCCAAUGUUAUUUCUACCAGUAUUAAUGGGAGUCCAGUUUCUUUUGGUUUGAUUACCCGAAGAUCCACUCAAAGGGCAGGAACCAGAUAUUUCCGUCGUGGGAUUGACUCUCAGGGACAUGCCGCCAAUUUCAAUGAAACUGAGCAAAUACUGAUAGUUCCAGAAGGUACUAAGACUCAUUAUUUUUCGUUUUUACAAACAAGGGGAUCUGUUCCUGUUUCUUGGGCUGAAGUGAACAAUUUGAGAUACAAACCGAGCUUAUUCAUCGGCACCUCUAACUUACCGAGUACCCGGUUGCACUUUGAUGAACAAAUCUCCGAAUACGGUACAAAUUAUUUAGUAAACUUAGUUGACCAAAAGGGUUAUGAGUUACCUGUCAAGAAUGCUUAUGAAGGGGCCGUUAAUAAUUUGGGGGACUCAUCAUUAAAGUAUAUCUAUUUUGAUUUCCACCACCGAUGUCGAAAGAUGCAAUGGCACAACGUGAAGCUCCUUCUUGGAGAAUUGGCUCAAUUGGGUUUUUCUACUGAUGAUUACUUCCAUGCCAUUGUAGACGAUGGAAAACUAAGUGUGGUAAAAAAGCAAUCCUCUGUGAUUAGAACCAACUGUAUGGAUUGUCUAGAUAGAACCAACGUGGUACAGUCAAUGAUCUCCAGAAGUGUUUUACAAUCUCAACUAGCUUCAAGCCACGUUGUCAAAGAAAUUGAACAGUGGGAACAAGAUAAAGCUUUCAAUUUUGAAUUUCAGAACUUCUGGGCGGACAAUGCCGAUGCCGUCUCCCUUUCUUACUCUGGUACAGGAGCAUUGAAAACUGACUACACAAGAACAGGAAAACGAACCACCAUUGGAGCUUUGUAUGAUUUGUCCAACUCUAUUACCAGAUAUAUCAAGAAUAACUACAAGGAUGGACCCCGCCAAGAUGGAUACGACCUCUUUUUGGGCAACUUUUUACCCUAUGAGGCAAUUUCUAGUCCAUUCACAGAUGGCCGACCACUCCAAGUGCAAUAUGCCCCUUACGUGUUGAUUGUCUCUCUUUCAUUGUUUGCCCUGACACUAUUCUAUCCCAGGGGACCACUCUUCGCAUGGCACAAUCUCAAGUUUUUGGGCCUUUGUUUGACUUUUGGAGGUCUCAGUGGGCUCUAUAUUGUUAAGAAUGGCUACCAGUACGUUAAUUGGCCGCAAUUAUGUGAUCUAGACUACUUGGUAAAACAGAGAAAGGGUAACAAUUAUCUCUUUGAGAAGAAUCCUGACUUUGGCGACGCCAAUGUCUUGAAGAAAGAUUAG